AUGCGAUUUGGAUACGGUCUCUGUCUCCGCAUAGCUUCGAGCAGCCUUCCACGCAGUUCAACUCACCAAUUUCGCGCAAUCAAUACAUAUCUUCAGUCCCCAUCUUCAAAGCAGCCUUAUUCCUCCUCGAAGACUCCAAGUGACAAGCAGUCCAUACACACGAUGACUUUAGCAGCUAAUGACGCUCUGCCCGCCACCCUUAAGUCGAUUACCGACACGAAGCUCAAGGAGCUUUCUAAAAAGCAGACACUCUUUGAAUCUCGCAAGAAAGCAAUAUACGAUGAAGCCGCAAAUCAGCAAACUCUCGAAGAUAAAGUCAGAAUUCUCCUAGAGGGCGUGGCUCGUGUCAAAGGGUUUCCAGACGAUGGUCUAGACACAACCGACGCAGAUGACGCCGUCAUUAGAUCUGAUGGGCAACGGGUCUCGGCUCGACAUGUAUACUAUAAUAUUCGUCGAGAGCUCGUUCAACGUAAAUACGACUCUUCAAUAUCUGAUGCCAGACUAAGGCAGUCCGAGGAAGAGCUCCGCAAGCAGCUCGAGUUCAUCAGCGCUAAACAUGAACAUGCCCUGUUCUUCAAUCGGCUGGUGACGGAGUGGCUAAACAACCCUCGUAACCCUGUACCCGAAGUCCCUGAUGGUAAAGAUCUAGGUGCAUCCUACAAACAACUUGAACGCAAGGAGGUGCAGGAACAGCGUACACAGUGGGAAAAGUUGGUGUUUGAGCGCCGGCAGGUGGAUAGUGAAAAAAUCAAGAGCUAUCUUACGAACCUAUUCCACCAAUCCAGCUUAUCUGAGCAAGCACUCAAAGAUUUCCGUAAAAGGAUCCAGCUAUCUAGCAAACAGUUUCUAACAAAAGAUGAUCACUUUACUCUCAGCUCUUUAAAGUGGAUCAUCGGCGGGGUGAUCAGUAAAGACAUUUUGUCUACUGACAAGGUGGCUAUCCUUAGAGAGUUCCUCGUCAAUGACGCCGUUGCGCAAGAAGUUGCGGAUGUGCUGAAUGUUCGGAUGGCACAGCUGGAUAACUGGUCGUGGAGCUCCAGUCCAAUUCCUGUGGAGAUGAGGCGGCACCUAAAUGGCAAAUACCGAGCUUACAUGGAUGAGGAUAUCUUGGAUGCCAUGUUCUUACACUACAUUGGUGUCAAAUGGAGCAUUCAAUUCAAAGAACUUUUCAUGUCGCUUUUCAAUUCGCAUGCCUGGAAAGCACAAUCCGCAAGAAUCCCAAAGCAGGAUAUUGAGAGGCGAAAAUAUUUCUUGUACGAAAAUGGUAGAGAAGGUCGAGACGAGUACAAUAUUGUUGGGGCUAGAAAGAGCGAUUUUCUGGAGAAGUACUUCAUGUGUCAACUCCCUACAGAUACUGACUCGAUGGUGGUAUACAACACCGAUGCAGAUCCGGAGGAAGAAAAGAAGAAAACCUUUGCUGAUCUCAAACACUCGCUCCUCCAUCUCGUCAUGGCGGAAAUCUGGCUUCACAAAGCACUACAUGGAGAAAUUACUAUUGUCCAAUCGGACUUUCGGUGGUUUGGGCCAUCCCUACCCCACACAACUCUCUUGUCUAUCCUCGAGUUCUUCCAUGUUCCUCAAAUAUGGAUAGAUUUUUUCAGGCGUUUCCUCGAGGCCCCCUUGAGGUUUGUGCAAGAUGGCGACGAUGCGCCCAUACGGGUGCGGCAAAAUGGAGUUUCACUCAGCCACUCUAUAAGUGACUGCCUCGGAGAGGUUUUGCUUUUCUGCCUCGACUUCUCUGUCAACCAGAACGCCGAUGGAUUGCUUCUCUAUCGUCUACACGACGACUUUUGGUUUUGGGGACAAGAAUCAACUUGCAUCAAAGCAUGGAAGGCUGUUACCGAGUUCUGCAGUGUGAUGGGUUUGAAUAUUAAUGAAGAAAAAAGUGGGAUGGCGCGAUUGUUUGGUAAAAAGCUGAUGUCUCCAACAAACGAUGACGGCGAUUCUAAGUCGAGCGGCAUUGGAGGUGAUAAUUCGUCUGUCUCCUCCAAAUCCGAACCAAUUAUUUUGCCAAACGGAUCAAUAAAGUGGGGGUUUCUCAAGCUUAAUGAGACCACGGGAAGAUUUGAGGUCGACCAGAGCCAGAUCGACGAACAUAUUCAGGAGUUAAGGCGACAACUUUCAGCGUGUAAAAGUGUUUUCAGCUGGGUUCAAGCAUGGAACACAUAUAUGGCACGGUUUAUGAGCAACAACUUCGGAAAACCGGCACUCUGUCUUGGUCGUCCGCAUCUCGAAAUGGUCUUGUCAACUUUGAGACGCAUCGAAAAGGAAUUAUUUGCCGAGAAUACCGCAACAGGCGGCGUCUCAAAUCAUCUUCGCCAGGAAAUUGAGAAGAAGUUUGGAAUAACAGGCCUCCCAGAUGGCUUCUUCUACCUUCCUGAGGAAUACGGUGGUUUGUCAUUGACCAACCCGUUUGUUUCCCUCAUAGCGAUGCGAGAAGGGAUUAAGACCACGCCUGAGAGAAUAUUACGCUCCGCAUUUAUUGCGGAACAAAAAGAAUAUGCGACGGCGAAGGAAAAAUAUGAGAAACAGGGCCCUAAUCAAACCUCUGUAGUAUUAGCGGGCUCCAGCUCAUCAGCCAGUUCGCCGUCCUCCACCACAGAGUUCAUGCCAUUGGAAGAAUUUUUCCGAUACAGUGAAACCACAAGCUAUCUGAUGAAGAAGGCGUACGAGGUGCUCCUGGAGCAGCCAAGCGAGGUUCCUGCUGCCUUUACUCCGGAGCUACAGAAUGUGAUCUCAACAAACGAAUCGAAUAAAAGCCUGUCCAGUGAUUGGUAUAGGUUGUCGUCAUAUUCUAAAGGUAUUGUGGAGCUGUAUCAUCCUGGAAUGCUGGAAAAAUACGGUGGCCUCGCGGGAGUAGAAGAUAAGACUCUGCCCCUGGGCGUGGUGAAGAUCCUCAAAAGGGAGAGAAUUAGAUGGCACAGUUCGUUGUAA